CCUCCUCCCGUCCCCGCGCUGUUUUCCCUCAGGACUUACAGCGGCCCUGGGCUGGGUAGGGAAGAUGGCGGCUUUGAGAGACGCCGAGGAUGAGCGGGGAAGCAGAAGUAUAAAAGAUAAGGCCAAGAUCAGUUUAAGAAAAUAUGAUGUUGGAAACAAAUUCUCCCAUUUGCCACUAGCCAAAGCAUCUGUUCUUAUGCCUCUAAUGGUUAAAGAUGGAAAGCUGUAUGUGCUGUUUACUGUCAGAUCAAUGAAGUUGAGAAGAUCACCAGGGGAAGUGUGCUUUCCAGGAGGUAAAAGUGAGCCAACAGACAGAGAUGAAAUAGCCACUGCCCUCCGGGAAGCCAAGGAAGAAGUGGGACUCCAUCCAGAGCAGGUGGAAGUCAUCUGUAGGCUUCUACCUGGAAUUGAUAAAGUGGGUUCGUUGGUAACACCAGUGGUAGGAUUUAUAGAGGACACAUUCCAGGCCAGACCUAAUCCAGAUGAAGUGAGUGAUGUGUUUUUGGUGCCGCUGGAGUACUUUAUCGAUCCAUUAAAGUACAUGACCGUGCCUUAUAAAAGAGCGAAUGGUGUUGCAAGUUGGCUGCACAGUUUUGUAUAUGAUGACCCUGAGCGUAAAACAUCACUUAGGAUAUGGGGACUCACUGCGCACUUUGCUGUAUUUCUUGCUCUUGUAAUUUUUGAAAAGAAACCUACAUUUGACAUUCAGUAUGAUCUUGACAACUUAAUUUCAUCCUCUGAGAAGAAUUUCAUGGAGGAGUAUAUGUCGCUAUACGAGGGAAGAAGCAGCAAACUAUGAGCUUGGGACUGGCACAUAGGUGUAAACAGUUGGUUUAAAUUAUUUUUCAAGCUUUACUAUUUGGUUUUCUGAAUCAGAAAUUGUCCCAUUUUAAUGUCUUCAUUGGAUUACAAAAAAUAAAGUGCUGAUAGAUUAAUCAGCCCUAAAUAGACAAAUUUCUUGUAUUUAUUUUACAUGUAUUUAAAGGUUCAUUAUAUUUUUCAUGGUCUUUGUGGUUAAGGCGUUGGACUGGGACUCAGAAGACUGAGGUUCACUUUCAGGCUCUGUCAUGAAUUUCCUCUGUGACCUCGGAUAAGUUACUUACCCUCUGUGCUUCCGUUCCGCUCUGUAAAAUGUGGAUAAAAUUCUUCCCAACCUUUGUUUCUUUGAUUUAGAAUAUAAACAGUUCAGGGCAGAGUGUGUAUCUUACUGUUUUGUACAGCACCUAGCAUGAUGGGGCUCUAAUAUUGAUUGGGGUCCCGGGACGCUAUUGUAAUAAGGUGGCAGUGCUUGAACAACUUGUUUUUUUGUUUUAGUUUGUGGAUAUUGGAGCUUGUGCCCAGAAUGACCUUCCUCAAAACUUAGCAGUGACACUGAAAUAUUCUCCACAAUGUUCUCUUCUUCUGGAGGGAUCGCCCUCUAGGGUUCAGUCGUUUUUUAUCUCUACUAAAAUAACUGGUAAAGGUUCCAGGUAGUGCCAGAUAUAGUACUGCUGGUUUUUGUGAUGUUAUAGCCUGUCCACUAGCAACUGGGCCGAGACCAUCAGUUCAUUUCAUGUAGGCCAGUAAAUAGUUGUCAGAUGGCUAAAGCUUUUAAAGGCACUAUUAAUUUAGGCUGGAUUUGAAUUUGCAGUUUAGAAGUGAAUUUAUCCAUCUUCAGAGCCAGCUGAUUUCCUCCAACAUGCAGUGGGAGCUGAGGGCAUUUAGGCUCAAACCCCCCUAUUUGCUAGCAUAGUGCUAGAUUUAUGCUGAACGUCUUCUAAUAUACUGGGUGAGCAUGUGAUGUGGACAGCUGGCCUCUCUCCUGUACUAGAGUGUUUAGUCAUGCCCUACUGAACAAGAAUUGAGUAAGACCCCAGGUCUCUGCUGUCACAGCUCAGGGCAACUGCACCUGUGUUUCCCCUCAGUGGUUCAGCAAGGGCAUCCGUUCUCAGCUUCCAGCUCCCCAGCCAUUGCCUUUCUGAUAGAAGGUCUCUACCUUCUGAGAGGAGUAUUUCCAGACUGCAUGGUUCCCUGCCUUUACUGUGUUUCCCAGCCCAGACAGGUUGCCCAAGGAUGCUUCCUUGCUUUCUCCCCAGUGAUAACACAGUGACUGUCUACAGUCACUGUGUUAACUUACCACUCAGCACUUCCUAGGCAAGCCUACUUUAUUUUUAGGGUAAAAAGCAUUAAAGAGAAAACAUUAGAAACAAUAAAAUAACCAUAUCCAUGCUAAUAAGUUUACCAGAAUUAACCCUAGCCCUAACAUGGCUUCUGGCAGGUUCAGUCCUUCUAACUCUAUCCUAAGGAUUGUGUUCGUCUAGACCAUGGGCCCUGUCUAUUUACUGGAUCAGGAAGAAGCCCAUGAGCUAUUCGAAAACCAGGCUAUUUUUGCAAAAAACAUUUCUCUCUUAGUCCCUGGAGAAACCGGUUUGAAUUGGCAUAUGCAUAUCUUUCUGGGGAUGGUUUCUUUGGAGACGUUGCAAGCUGAGUGAGUUUGUCUAGUCACCCUGUGUUCUCCUAUUUACCCUUCCUUAGAAGUGUAUAUAAUUCCACAAUAACACACACAAUGAUAGAGUUAGAAGGGACUGCAAAGGUCAUCUAGGCUAACCCCCUGCCAAGAUGCAAGAUUUGUUGUGUCUAAAUCAUCUAUGACAGAUGGCUAAUCCAGCCUCCUUUUGAAAGCCUCCAGCGAAGGAGCUUCCACGACCUCCCAAGGCAGUCUUGUUCCAUCGUCUUACUGUUCUUACAGUUAGGAAGUUUUCCCUUGAGAUUUAAACUAAAUCUGCUGUGCUGUAGUUUGAACCCAUUGCUUCUUGUCCUGGCAAAAGAGAGACUUUAUCCAUCUUUUGUGGCAGCCUUUCAAGUAUCCGAAGACGGUUAUCAUACUCCCUCCUUAAUCGCCUCGUUUCCAAACUAAACAUACCCAGUUCCUUUUAAAUAGAUUUAAAUCUGAGUCAGGUUCUCAGGUAUUGCAAACCAGUGUAGCUUCAUUGAAGUCAAAGGAGCCAUUUCUGUUUACAACCAUUGAGGGUCUGGCCUAUCUUUCUAUAUCCAUCUAUCCACAGUUUCCAAGGAGUUAAACAAGGUUGCACAUUACUCUUACAAUGCUGUAGUAUAUAAAUCAUAGUUCAAUAGGAAGUACCCUCUCCAUGGAGACUUCUCUGUUGAAGGUGAAUUUGAUAAGAAUAAAUCAUUCUGGUGUGAUUAAAGUAGGAGGGCAGUCUGUUUGGUGAUGACUUGAAAUAUGUUUAAUUUAGCUUUGAGUCAGAAAUCCAUCAUGUAAAUGAAAAUGGAGUGGUAUCAAAUGAUUGGAGUGGUAUCAAAACACAUGAAAUGUUUGGACACCUACAUUUUGAAGCACAGAAGAAGAAAACUCUCUGCUACCAAGCAGCCUCUAGGUUGCAUGUUAUGUAUCUCAAAUGAUUACUCAAAAAUGAAAGCCCUAAGUGAAAACAGAUAUCAUUUUACCAGAAAUUACCAUGACUGUCAUGUGGAAGAUUAAGAGCAAACCUGGAACUGACGAAAAGAAACAAGCAGUGAGAGAGAGAACAAUGUUGUUUCUCAGGAGCUCAGUCACUGAUCUCCCUAUUAUCAUGUUAUAGUUAUAGUUAUAUAGUUUAUAGUUAUAGUUAUAUUACAGUAACAUUCACAGGCCCCAGUUAGGAUCAGAGACCUGUUAGGCUAUAUGCUGUACAAAUACAUAUGAAGACAUUCUCUGGCCCCCAAAUCUUAUAAACUUAAGAAUUCUUGAGAGCUCUGCACAUGGGUUACAAAGGCACAAAUGUCGUUUUAGGCAUGCUAUGUUGUACUUGGCAGCUACUCAGCCUGCACCCAAAUUUUGUAAACCCUAAAUAUUUUAUUUGCAUAUUAAACAUUAAAGUUCUUCUCUUUAAGCAGGAUAAACAGCUGGCUCACAUUUUCUUAUUGAACUUCCUUGUGAUUCCUGAUGCUAUGUUGCAUUUGGCGAUCAUGCUGGUAUACAGAGAUGUUUUAGUCACCAUGGAGCACUGUCAAUCAGAUCUACAGUUGAUGUAAAUCAGCACAGCUCCGCUGCUGUUGAGGGUUCUUUCCCUAUUUUCUUUUCCGCAUCAAAAAAGAGGCACAACAAGUUCCAGUUUCAUUCAAAGCAUGAAACCUUCUUUGUUCCAAGGCCUAAGGUAUUUCUGUGCCUCUCUGGGAGAAUCAUCAAAUAAAUACCAACUACUUUAGGAGAACUGUGACCUGGGCUGGAUUUGAACCAGUAACCUUCUUAUCCCAUUGUCCAAUCCCCUGAGUUAUCCUAUCUUCCCUCUUGAAAAAUCUUUUUUUGAGUAUUUUUCUUCUAACAUUUAAUGUCAUUUGUGUGCUUUUUAAAGGAGGAAAAAUAUUGAACAUUAAAUAUUUUCCUUUAAUAAUAAAAAGAAAGAUGCAUACACCUAACUGGAGGUAUGCCACUCUUACUCCCUGUGCAUGCUCUCUGUGUUAGCCUUACAUGGUGAAGCACUGGGAUCCAGAUUCAAGAAAGCAUUCUUAUUCAAAACAAAAGCAUAUAAGCAUAUGCUUAAAAUUAAGCACUGCUUAAGUCCCAUUGAAGCCAUUGGCACUGAAGCACACCUGUACAUGCUUUCCUGAGUCAGGAACUAGAUAGGUACUCUGUAGCAUCUUAAAGUAUUUCCCUAUCUCAUAAACCACAAAGUAGAUGUGCUUCCAGAUCUAACAGGAGUGAAAUUCAUUUCAGUGCAGCUGUUCUGCCCAAGGUCCUGUGCACCAAGGAAGGCCCACUUAAACCCCAUGUUAAAAUUUAAACAAGGCAUUCAGCAGAACGUGAACCUUCUGCACUGGCAUACAUUUCACAGAGAGGAAGCUCCUGCUUCCAAGAAGUUAAUAGCAAAACUAAUAGGAAGAGACCCCCUGGAUCUAAAGUGUUCUAAGUCUCUUUUGAUGGUACAGUCCAGUGCAGUCUAUAGAUGAGCUAGUAAAAUCCCGAUAUAUAACGAGUUUGUUUGAUCUUUCAUUUCUGUCUUUUUGGGUGCCCAACUCAUCUUGGAUCUGUUUGCUAUUGUUAAGUCUAUAACAGUAAUUUUCUUUGACAGAUAAAUGUACAGUAGCUGAAGUUUGGAAAACAUGAAAAUGGAUAUUCUGAAUUCAAUAAAAGGCCAUUUGU